CAAAGUACACGAAUAAACUGUCAAUAAUUCUUUUUCUUAGUUAUAACAAACUAAAAACGAUUAACUUCAGACCCAGAACACUUAAGGCCUAACUUCAUGCUAUGACUAGAGCUGCCAGCUCAAAUUGUAUAACUAAUUGAUCCUUGGAAGAGGAGGUUACCCUUUUAGGAAUAGUCCAUUAGACUGACUUACUUACUUAAACUAUACUUAAUAUUAAUAUUAAAAUUAAAAUAAUUAAGUAAGUUAAUUUAAUGAAGAAUUAAGUGGUCUAUACUAUAUUAUACUAUACACUAUUCAGUAUUAGUAUUGUAUACAGUAUCAGUAUACUUUGUUAGACUGGUGUUAGUGUAGAUAGUUUAAAUAAGUUAUAGACAUAGAGUUAAUAAUUUAAGUUACAUUCAUAUAGUAAAGUGAAGAAGCCUACCUAUGCCUAUAGUCUGUAACUAUAAACUAUAAAUUAUAAACUGUAUUGUUAAAUUUAAUAUUAUAGUCAUAGUAAUUUAGUAAAGACACUUACACUAUGAUAGUCAUGGUAAAAUAGUGUAAGUGUAGUUAAAAUAUUUUAAGGACCUUAUUAAGCCAAUUAAGGUACAUGACAUAAUAAAGUAUAGAUCUAAUAUUAUUUUAUAUUUUUUUACUAAUUUACUAUGUCAUGUCAUGUUACUAUCACUACUUCAUUUGUCUGCUAUGAAAGUCACUCUAAGCCUCAAUAAGACUAAGAAAAAAGUUCUAAGGUCUAAGGUUGCCAGGUCUGCUUCCAUAAAAUAGCAGACAAGCGGAGGGGGAGUAAUUUUAAAAAGUUAACAAUUAAAUUAUAUAUAUUCUUACAAACAUUUUAACACAUAUUAAAAUAACCACUUCAAAACUUUACUUAAAAUUCAAAACAUCAAAUGUAUUAUAAUAUAGUAGACACCUGGCAACCUUACUAAGGUCUAAGUCAGUGUUUUAUAAUACAGUGGACACCUGGCAAACUUACUAAGGUCUAAGUCAGUGUUUCUCAACUUGAGGAAAUUCGAAUACAAAUAGGACAAUAUAUUAAAUAAGUAUUUGGUAAAGAUAUUUUUUGUUUUAAUCCUACAACGUCCUUAAACGUUCCAAAAAUUUGAAAUUCAAUCUUCCAUUUGAGUUCUAGACUGCAGCGAGAGUGAAGUAGGCAAGACCUUUUUUAAGUUCUUCCACUUAAAAAAAAAAAAAAAAGAAAAAGAGUCUACAACGUCCUUAAACGUUCCAAAAAUUUGAAAUUCAAUCUUCCAUUUGAGUUCUAGACAGCAGCGAGAAUGAAGUAGGAAAGACCUUUUUUAAGUUCUUCCACUUAAAAAAAAAAAAAAAAGAUAAAGAGGGGGGGGGAGACAUUAAAUUUAAAUCUAAGUGUUUAGGUUUUAGGUUGUGCACAAAUGGUUUGGUAAACACUGGACUAGUCUAAACUAAUAAUCUGAAUCACUCUAGCCCAACGUAGGUAUCAGAAGCCAAAGUUAUAUAUAAUAUUAGUUAUAUAGACAUAAAGAAUAGUUGGUUUUUUUAUCACUGAACUAUGCAUUUAUGUAGAAUGCAUACAUUUGUCUGUAGUUAUUGUGAAAUGGAAUGAAAUUUAUUUAAAUCCUUUAUUUUUCCUAGAUGAGUUUCUUACGUAUCUACCGUUUGUGCCCAUCCCUAAGAUCUCGUCAUUCAGGAUCUCGCAUUUUGGCCAUUUUAGCUGGAUGUACAUUCUUUAUCCUUCUCCACUACUUACUCAAGUGGGAAUCAGGUGACAUUAAUGCUUUCAUCUAUCUAGAUAUUGAAAUUCCAGAUAAUUUUACCCCUGUUCGAAUAAAAAAACGUGAAGAUUUUCCUUCAAAUGGCAGCCCCAAAAUUCCUAAAAUAAUUCAUCAGACUUGGAAAAAUUCAAAUGUGCCACCUGAAUUUGUGAGUUGGAUAAAAACUUGGUUGCAGCAUAAUCCUGAUUGGGAAUACUGGCUGUGGACUGAUAUAAGUUCAAGACAGCUAAUUGCAGACUUGUAUCCUGAUUUCUUAGACAUCUAUGAUGGAUACCCAGAGCCCAUCAGGCGAGCUGAUGCUUUUCGCUACUUUGUUCUUUAUGAAUUUGGAGGAUUGUAUGUAGAUAUGGACAUGGAAGCCCUUGAUUCACUUUUACCUUUAACCCUUAAAUAUCCUUGUUUUAUUGGCCAAGAACCAUACGAACAUCCAAUAAUUGACACAAAUUUUAAUCAGCUUCUGAUAAAUGCCUUAAUUGGGUGUCAAAAAGGACAUCCAUUUAUGAAAAUGCUUAUUAAAAAUUUACCUGCCCACUCAAUAUUAUGGCAUUACCUAGAUAGUACUGGGCCUCAUUUUGUGACAAUGAUUUAUAGACAGUACCAAUCUGAAAGAAAUUUACUUGAAGAGGAAAAUUAUAUUUAUGUUGCACCAUCAGAAUAUUUCUAUCCCACAAUCGAUCCUGCUAAACUGAAAUAUAUGUUUACCAAGUGUAGUGAUAAAAGCCAGCUCUCAAAACUUCAAAUCAAUGCUUGCAUGAAUUUGAAGUACAAAAGCUUGCCAGAAAACAGAUUUGAUCCAUUAACAAUAGCUUUUACAAAUCAUCACUGGUAUCACACUUAUCUGAAAACAAAAUCAUCAGUACUCACAGGAUACACAUCUAUUUAUGACAUUGUUCCUAAUGUCAAUGUUUAUAAGAAUAUGUGAAGAAAAAAAAUUGUGUUAGCUGUUUUACCUGUGUUUGUAAUGUAACUUCACAGGGUAACGAUAAAUUAAAAAAAUUACCCAAUAUUUUUUUAAGCAUAGUAAGCCGUUGAAUUGUGUAAUUUUAAUAUGUUAAUUAAAAUUAGCAGCAUCUUUUUCCUUCAGUUUCUUUAUGGAUGAAUUCAGUUAUUGAGAAUUUAAGAGAACCAAUUCAACAUUUUCAAGUUUAUUUCUUAUCAUGUGAUAGGUAAGCAGAGACGAUGUUUGGUUAUUAUAGUUACCAUUUUACCAAUGAAAGAAGAAAGAAACCCCAAAUUGCAAUAAGUUUUAAUAAUUUAAUGUUAUUAACAAAAUCUGUUUGUUGUCGUUUUUUUUCUAACCAAAGGUGGGAUGAAAAAAAGUAAAAAGUAAUUUACCGUCUUGUGUGAAAGUGAAAGAAAGUUGUGUGCUGUCUCCAAAUAAGAGUUUUAAAAUCAAACUGGCAAAAGUUACCUCUGUCAUAUCAGUGUUAUCAAACACCCUGGUUCAUGAUGACUUUGGUACACUACCAACUUUUCUGGUAAAAAGACAUCUCAAAGUACAAUUGAAAUUAGGGUUAUGGUCAUCUGACACUUUAGUGUACCGGUAUAAACUUGCAACAUAGAAAAGAAAAAUAUCCAGGACUGUUUUCUAACAUUAUUUUAACAGGUGACGCCUCUUCCAAUCAAAAAUGUAUGUCCUCCCCCCAACCUCCUCCCCACAUCCUACUUAGUCUCUGAGCUUGCCAUAAUAAUAAUGUUAUGAUGAAUUUUAAUGUUAUUCUAUUUCAUUUCUUUUCUACAUGUUUAUUUUUAAGCACUUUUUUCUCUUCAUUAAUGUUAAUAUUUUGUUGAAAAAUGUCUGGGUCUUCCCGCAUCCCAUAGCACUGCCUCCCUCACCUCCUGGUUAAGAACCCCUGAUCUUAGUUAUUCAAAUUACUUGAGAUUGACAUUUUUGGUAAAUUUUAAUGCACCACUUGAACCCAUGAAAUUUAUUAUGUAUUGUAUAGUUAUCUAUUUGCUAUUUAAAAAAAAAAUAUAUUUUUUGAAAGAGUUAUUAUUUAUGAAUAAAAGUACAGAUGCAUAUGAACCGUUGAAAUUACAAAACUGAGGUAAAAAGUCAAUGCAAUUUGACAGGUAAAGUCUCUCAGUAUUAAUUGCUUUAACAUCUUUUGAUCUACAAUUAACAAUAAUGAAAAAAUAUAUUAUACAAUAAAUUAUUUAAGAUUAAUUCAUUGUAACUAAUAUUAAUUUAUUCUGCUUUCAAUCAAGAAGGAACUUAAUGGUCUGACAUACUAAUUCCUUGUGCAGGCAAAAUCUCUUCUUGAGAAUCGUUUAUUAAUGAUUUUUGAAAUGCAAAUUCGGAUUGCAUUCCCCCAAAAUGUACAGGGAAGGACAAUUAUAAAAUUUGUAUGCCUGCCAUUUUUCCUCAGUAGCAAGGAGUACAGAAUUGGUAAAGAGACCUUAGCAACAUGUUGUGUCAACUUUCUUUACUCCAACGAGCUCAAAGUUGGGAUAUUAAUCAUGUACUUUUGUGUUGUAUACUUUUGGUUGAGCUGAAUGAUAGUGAAUACCAGACAAUAAUAUGAAUUAUCAAACCACUGCCUCAAAUUAUAGAAUUUUAUCAGGGACAUUGUUUUUUAACUUUCAUUGCCAAUAUUUAUUUGUAUGCAGUACUUUGGAUCUAUGGUAUUAACCUGGGUCAAUGUGUUCAAAUUAGGUAUUGGGUACAUAUUAUUUGCUGGUAACAUACUAAUACUACGGUACUAACAAUUACAGAAAAUAAUAGUUUCAAAUAUUAAGAGGAUCCUAAGCAACAGAGAUUGAGAUCUUUAAAAUUAUAUUUUAUAAUAGAUUUAUAGUUAAUUAUAAAAUAUCACAUAAUUGUCUUGUUUCACAUUCACUA